UUUAUUAUUAUUAUUUUAUUGUGGAAGAUGGGGAAUCCAAAAGACUCUGAGGUAAAUGAGAGACCCAAAUGGGACAACAAGAUUCAAUACCUGCUGACCUGCAUCGGCUUUGCAGUGGGGCUCGGGAACAUAUGGCGUUUUCCAUACCUUUGCCAAAUCUACGGAGGAGGAGCGUUCCUCAUCCCUUACUUUAUAGCCUUGGUGUUUGAGGGUCUUCCUCUACUCUACCUGGAACUGGCUAUUGGACAGAGACUCCGCAUGGGCAGCGUUGGUGUCUGGAACUCCAUAUCACCAUUUCUGGGUGGACUCGGCAUUGCCUGUAUGAUGGUGUCAUUCCUGGUGGGUCUUUUCUACAACACCAUUCUGGCCUGGGUGCUUUGGUACUUCUUCCAUUCUUUUCAAGACCCCCUGCCAUGGAGCCAGUGUCCACUCAACGAUGACCGCACAGGCUACGAUGCAGAGUGUGUAAAUAGCACAUCUGUGAAUUAUUUCUGGUAUCGCAAGACCCUGAACAUCACUCCGGACAUUGAAACCAGCGGCUCCCUGCAGUGGUGGAUGGUCAUCUGUUUGGCCUCCGCCUGGCUUGUGGUUUACAUCUGCUUCAUCAAAGGCAUCAAGUCCAUGGGAAAGGCCGUGUAUGUGACAGCCACCUUCCCUUAUCUGGUGCUGACCAUUUUCCUGAUCCGUGCCAUCACUCUGCCUGGAGCAACCGAUGGGCUGGUGUACCUCUUCACCCCAGAUUGGGAAAAACUGAAACUGCCUCAGCUGUGGUUGGACGCUGCCACCCAAAUCUUCUUCUCCCUCUCUGUCGCAUUUGGAGGUCUCAUAGCGUUCUCCAGCUACAACACUGAAAGAAACAACUGUGAGAGGGAUGCCGUUCUGGUUGGCAUAAUAAACAGCGCCACAUCUCUCUAUGGUUCAAUUCCCAUCUUUUCCAUCUUGGGUUUUAAAGCCAAUGCGGUGAGGAUCGAAUGUCUACAAAGGAACAUCUUGGAACUGACCAACAGCUUCAACAUUGCAGAUCAAAACAUCACACUUGCUAACUAUGAUCAGUGGUUGGAACACCUAAAUAGCACAUCUCAAGAUGCUGUUGCCAGUUUGAGCUUGGAGAAAUGUGACCUCCGUGAAUUUCUUCAAGAUAGCAUAUCAGGCACCGGACUGGCAUUUAUCGUCUUCACCCAAGCAGUGAUAGAGAUGCCAGGCUCGCAGGUUUGGGCUGUGUUGUUUUUCAUCAUGCUCUUUAGCUUGGGUCUCUCCUCCAUGUUUGGAAACAUAGAGGGGGUACUCACCCCUAUCAAUGACCUAAAACUGAUACCCAAGUGGAUCCCUUAUGAAGUCCAAACAGGGUUGCUCUGUUUGGGAUCCUUCUUAGUCGCUCUUAUCUUCGCCUUGGGUUCAGGAAACUACUGGGUAGAGGUCUUCAACAGCUACGUGGGCUCCAUACCUCUGCUCAUCAUUGCAUUCUUUGAGAUCAUUGGAGUGAUUUAUGUCCGUGGAAUAAAAACUUUUAGCGAGGACAUCUACUACAUGACUGGGAAGAAGCCGAACAUCUACUGGAAGGCCUGCUGGAUGGUGUUCAGCCCUUUAAUGCUCUUUGUGGUGUUGGUUUUCUAUGUGGUUGUCCAGGCACAAAAGCACCCCACCUACCCAGCAUGGAACCCAGAUUAUGAUAAAUUCCCCAAAACAGAAGUGAAGCCAUACCCAGAGUGGGUGUUUGCAAUAAUCAUCCUCCUCUGUGUGGUGCCAGUGAUCUCCAUCCCAUUGGUGGCUGUGGUCUGUUGUGUAAAAAGGAAGGGCUCGAAAGGCCACGACAUAAACCCUUACUGCAAUGAAGCCUACGAGGCUGAAACGGAGGAUCAAACCAAACGGAGCGCUUAGGUUGCUUCACAAGUCACAAUAGUGAAAGUGUGAAUGUAAAAGGACUGUCAGAGUACUGAUGGUGGUCAUUCCUUGGAAAGUU